GCUAUGGCGGGCAUUGGCAUUGGGCUAGGGUAUCGGCCGCGAUGGAGGUGGAGCGGCGCUGGAUGCCGCAGCGCUGGAUUCGGGAGGGCCGAAGUCCAGCAGCUGGACGCCGUGCGCAUCGGUACGUUCUCGCAGCAGCAGCAGCGCCGGGGAUUGAAUUCCGGGAAUGGAGGCGCCGGGGCGGAUGCGGUGCUCAAGCAGAUCGAGGACAUCGGGAUCGGGCUAAGCCAGAUAUCGCGGUGCCGCAUUUCCGGCCAGAAUAUCCAGGAGCGAGUGAAUCGCCUGGUGGACAGGCUCGAUUUGCUGACCAAGGGCGUGGAGCAAGCAAUGUAUGGUGGAAGAAGCGUCCCACCGCAGCUCUUGGCGGCUUUAAAUGCUCUGCAAAGAGAGCAAUGCUCGUUGGCUAACAUAAUUCGCCUGGCCACGGCCUCUACUUCCAUCGUUCCUUACGCCGACGAGGACGAGGAAGUUGUGGCUGCGGAGUUAGUCACCGACAAGUCAAGCGAGGAUGUUAUGAACUCGUUGAAGCGUGAAAGCGCGCUCGUUCCUGUCACCAAGCCCGUUUAUGAGAUGAGUGCGCCAGUCACCAAGACUGCGACUAUGGCUUCCGUUCGAGCGGAGAUUGAGCGACGAGUUAUUCAACAGCUCACGGCCAGGGAUGUUGGAAUGUUUAACGAAGAGCCAUUGAAUUUCGGACAAAGACCGGGGGCCGAAGACAUUACUGGUUUGGACGACGGAGUGAAAGCGUUGAAGUCUGAGGUACAGAAAGCGGAGGUUGCGGAGCAGCAGCUACGCAGGCUUGAGACAGCGCUCGUCCAAACAGUUCCUCUGGAGGUUCAUGAGUCAGUGAUAAAAAAGCUACAGGAGUCUUUACAAGAAACGCAGUCCACUGUGCUGCAGUUGACAAGAGAGCUGGCCGAGAAAGAAAAUAUUCUGAGUACUGUGAAGAAAGAUCUCCUCAAAGAACAAGGGGAGUUUGUGGCCAAGGUGUCUCAGCUGAGAGGUGAAAUUGCCGAACGAGCGACCAACAUGGAAGACCUGCAACUCGCUGUAAAUGACGUGGUGGAAGAAUUUUCUCACGGACUGCAGGAAAUACAGAAAAAGGCAGCAGUGCUGGCAGCUGAACUUGAUAAUAAGGAGAAGCUUUUGAAUCAGUUAAGGAAGGAUUGGAAAGCCGAAACAAGGAGCCUGCGCAAGAAGCUGGCCAAGGCCCGGAAACAGAUGAAGGAGCUCGAGGAAAUAAGACAGGCCGAACAGGCGGAGCUUAAGGAAGCAAAGAAUAGAAUCGUUGUGUUAGAAGACGAGCUCACUAUAGUCCGGAAAAACUACGAGGAAGCUGAGGAAAACAGGAGAAGGCAGAAGCAGGAAUCUUUGGCCAGAAUGAAAACUUUGAUUGCGGAGAUGGUUAAGAUCUCACGGGCGAGAUCUCAGAGAGAACUACAGGUUGCUGAAUUAUUGAAAGACGUGAGCAAAGAACAAACUCGUCGCCGCAAAUUGCUACCAGCUGGAGGAUUGCCAUCUAGUGACAAGAUGAAAGCCCUUCAGAGCUUUUUCUCCCUCAUGAAGGACUUAUUGUCACGGACGAAGGCGAGCGACGACAAGUAAUGAGGACGAAGAAUCUCACACGUCUGCUGGGAUGUUGCAUGGAAACGUCGUGCUUGCCGCCUUCCACCACCUGGCGCAUACGCCUUUGUGCAAAGGAGAGCGGCAUUAUCACUCUGGUCCUGUGCACUGACACUCAGUCGGGGAUCCGAAACAACUUGCGGUCCUUCCGCGUACGAUCUGCCUUUUGCCCACCUGACGAUAUCGAGGUCUCCAAAUUACCAGUAAGUAUCGCUCCUCGUGUUGACCCUUAAGGUAUUCCGAGAGGUGGAGGACAGGUUUGAAAGGGACACGAUGCAUGCCUGGAGCAGUAGGAGCCUGCAACGCUGGUCAUUUUUCUCGUCGUUGCUCCCUUUGAGUAGCUUUGUGAUUCCAAAGUCUGCUAGUUUUGGAAUGGCGAGGAUCACUCUGAUAGAGCUUGGAAGCGAUCCUGUAGCGGCGGUUCCAGUCCAGACUUGUGACUCUUUCACUGUGUAAGACGUCUCCCACGCUGUCAUGUACUCGACGAUGAGCAGGUCCCUAUCAGAGUUCCAGCAGCAGCUUAACAGCCUGACAAUUCUCCGGUGUCUCCAAAGUUCUGACUUAGUAGUCCUCACCGAGGAGACCGGCCACUCCCGAUAACGCUGUUCUCGUGAUGAUGGUUAACUUCGUGUGGAGCGAGGAUGGCCAACAGAUGUGUUCUGAUACUGCUUUCGAGUUUAUGUAGCAGCCGAAAUUUUUUCACAUGAAAUGCCACCUUCCGUGCAUCAAGAACCA